UUCACCGGCAGUGUCAAGAUGGUGGCAGUCAGAAUGCAGUUUACACUUUAUUUGGUGUUGUUGUUAAACAUUUACAGCAGUUUUGUGUCUGCGCUGUAUUUUCAUAUCGGAGAGACCGAAAAGAAAUGCUUCAUAGAAGAAAUACCGGACGAAACCAUGAUCAUAGGUAACUACCGAACGCAGCUCUAUGACAAGCAGAAAGAAGAGUAUUUGCCUGCGACUCAAGGACUUGGGAUGUUUGUGGAAGUGAAGGAUCCCGAUGAGAAGGUGAUCCUGUCCCGCCAGUACGGAUCCGAGGGCAGGUUUAUCUUCACCUCCCACACACCGGGAGAGCAUCAGAUCUGUUUGCACUCAAAUUCCUCCAAAUUUGCUCUUUUUGCUGGAGGGAUGCUUCGCGUUCACUUGGACAUCCAGGUCGGUGAGCAUACAAACAACUACGCAGAGAUCGCGGCCAAAGACAAGCUGACGGAGCUGCAGCUGAGGGUGCGACAGCUGAUGGAGCAGGUGGAUCAGAUCCAGAAAGAGCAGAACUACCAGCGAUACCGCGAGGAGCGCUUCAGACAGACCAGCGAGAGCACCAACCAGAGAGUCCUGUGGUGGUCUAUCGUCCAGACGCUGAUCCUGGUGGCCAUCGGCUUUUGGCAGAUGAGACACCUGAAGAGCUUCUUCGAGGCCAAGAAAUUAGUAUAGAUCUUUAGUCUGGUAUUUUUCUUUUUUUUGUUGUUUUUUUUUUUUCUUUUUAAAGUUGUGACGAUCGUCAGCCGAUACAGUACACGGGGCGUUUUGAAGAUCGCCUGCUUCGUGUGCGCGGUCAAGACUGCUGAGAAGUCCACACGCUCCCAGUUCACUUCCCUCCCUAAAUUGCCCUCUCUUUUUUUUUUAUCCUGCAUCGAGAUUCGUUUUACGCCGCUCGUUUCAGUGCCACGCCCCAUGUAAUGUGAACCUAGUUUCUGUUCAGAAACGCAUUAUAGUUUGUCACCGAGGUGAUAGGCGCUCAACAGGGCAGUUAACCGGAUUCAAAACAUAUAUAUAUAUGCGUAACGGUUGCCUUGCCAUUCGUUAUAACCCCCCCAUUGCUCGCUAAAACGUAUUUGUUUCAGAAAUUCGAUGAAGAUGAACUACCCGCUGGGCUGCGAGUGUGACGAUUUUCCCAAAUGACCCUGGAUUAUUUGCUUACACAUUUACAAGACGAAAAUAACCGAGUUUAUCCUGGUGGCAGGUGUAAAUGUAUUCUGUUUGUUUAUGCAGUAACUAGUGUAUUUAAAAAGUUUUGCUCGGAGUGAAUGUUUCUUGGUGUUUAAAUUUUUAUGCAGUUGGUCGACGUUUUCUUUUCCAUGCCCCCGUUUUAUUUUUUUGCCGCCGAGAGCGCUCGGGUCACUGAUAGCUACACUUUGAUGUCGACCUCGGUGAUUUUGAAUAAGUGUGCACAUGUUUGAAAUGUAUGUAUCCGAAGGAACGGCGAAAUGUAGUUAUCAGAAAGGCGCAAUGUUUAAUCGUGAGCACUUGGCACGUCGAAAUAAACGAUAUCAAAAAGGUUUUAUACUUCUCACGAAUACUCAUUAGCAAAGUUUUCCCUGUUUCUUUUGAAAGCGUGUUUUUCCACAUCUUUUUAUUUUUUUUUCCUAUUGUAGACUCCUCAGGUUGAAGUAGAGAUUUUGAUGGGUUGUUAAAUCUCUCGAAUUGAUCUGCCCGGAAUACACUGUAGAAAAUCUGCGAAAGAUAUUUGCGAUUCGCUCGCUUUUUCUGAUACCACAGCUGGUGUCGUAAUGUUGUAAUUUCUUUAAAAAAGCAAAAAACUGCAUGGUGUUUUGUUACUCGUAGAUUACCGCUCACUGAAUUGCUUUGCCGUCAUGUUUGUAUGGUUUAACUUUUUAGUUUGUGAACAGCCACAGGAAAAUGGGUUUACUUUUUUUAGGGACAGGGGAGGGGAAAUUUGUUGGUGAGAAAUCGACCCCAUAAUUGCACUCAGAAAUAAAGGUUUUCCGCUCUCCCCAA